GGGAGCAUUCCCCGUUGCUCUCGGGUUGUUGGUGCCUGGCUGCCUCGGGACUGGCAUCCUAGUCCCAUCCCGGGGUGGGGUGGGGGGUUUGCCCGAGUUCUGAGCUGGAGCCUGAGGCUUGGGAAGGCCUGGACCGGCUUUAGGGGCACGAGGUGCGGAAGAUGGUGCGGAAAGUGUCUGAAGUUUGCAGGGCAAACGGAACUCGAUGGGAUGAGCCUGGAGAUGGGGGCCUCUGAAGUUUAGUGAGAUGAGGGACUUGGGGGGUUCUCAAAUGGCGAGCUGGACUUGGGGUGCUAAAGUUGAAUGGGAUGGUGGGGCCUGGGGGUUCAGAGGGGUUCUGGGCAGCCUGAUAGGGCUGAGGAGGUGGCUAGAGAUUUUGAAGGUCUGGGGGCUGGCCAUACAGUGAGGACGGGUCUCGGAUGAGAACUGGAGGACCCCAGGGACGAUGAUACAGAGAUGGGUCUGGCCAAAGAGCUCCAGACCCUCCCCUUUCCUCCCUCCCUCCAUCCCGCUUCAGGGCCGCCUGAGUUCUCCAAAAGCCAGUUUCCUGUGCCGGGGGUGGGGGUGGGGGCGGGGCGGGGGCGCUCCCCCCUCUUCCUUUCCUCCCUCCCCCUCCUGGGCCCUCCUCCUUCCUCGGAGGAAACUUUCCGUCCGCUCCGUUGGCGGCCGGGCCGCGGCUCCUGCGUCCCCAAGACUGGUAGCUUAACCCACAGCCGGACGGGGCGGACCGAGCUCCCUCUGUUCCUUUCCCGCCAUGGAGCCACUGGACAGGUUGGGGGACGCUCCCUGAGCUGAAGCUGGGGUGGAGCCUCUGAGCUGCGCCGGCUAACCCAGGUGUCUGGACCCUCCGUCUCCUGCUGACCUAUCCAGGGGCCUCCCACCCUGUACCCUCUUCAGAAGAAACAUGGAGGCCCGGAAACGAGACAUGGAACUGCUCAGUAACAGCCUGGCAGCCUUUGCCUAUGUCCGAGAUCAUCCUGAGAGUUUCGGCCUCUACUUUGUCCUGGGCAUAUGCUUUGGGCUCUUGCUGACCCUUUGCCUGCUGGUCAUCCGGAUCUCCUGCCGACCCCACCCUCGGCCCUCGGGAAAAGGUCCCCAGAAAAUCUCCCGAGGAGACCCCCAGGAUGGGGAUGAAGAUGAGGACGAGGAUGAUACCGACACAAUGACCCGGCUGGGCCCCGAUGAUGUCGGGUCAGGCCCAGAACUGACCACGGAGAUGGACAGCCCCCUCAGUAUCAACGUCUUCACCUCUGCGGAGGAGCUAGAACGAGCCCAGCGGUUGGAGGAGCGGGAGAGGAUCCUUCGGGAAAUCUGGCGUACUGGGCAGCCUGACCUCCUGGGCACCGGUACUGGCACUGUGGGCCGGGUUCAUUAUUAUUGAUGUGCCUCCCCCCUUUCAAGGGACUCUGGGAACUGACUUGAAAAUGAGCCACCUUUUCCUUACAGCUUGGGGAGGGCUCCCUCUGGCUCCCCCUGGCCUCUAGACUGGAUCAAUCCUUCCCCUUGCACGGUGCUAAGGCCGGACUCCCUCAAUUCCCUUAAUGGAUCCUCAGGAGUACAGCCUGGAAGAAGAGGAGUCUUUUGGCUCUGGGAGCUUUAAGAUGACCAAUAGAAGCUGUCUUAGGGGCUCUCCAUAAACAACCCUGCUCUAGAACAGAAGAAACUCAGGACUAAUCUCCUUCAGUUUAUGGGAGCACAAAGGGAUCAGUCCCUAAAGUUUUCCUUCCGUCUUACUUGGGGAGAAAAGGGGCUCGUGGGGAGGGGGACCCCUGUCUUUCCCUUCUGUGAGUGGGAGCUGGACUGAAAGCUGAAAAGGGAUAGGCUCCCAGGAGCCCCGGGGCCCUAAGAAUUCGCCCCCCCAACCCAUUUAGCAGAUCUUCCUUAGAAAACUGUUUUGUCCUUUAUUCUGCCCCGCCCCGAUUUCCUCCUUGUUUCCCAGGCUUUGGAAGGACCCUGACCUUCAAAGCUCUGCUAAGAUUAGCUAUAUGUAGCAUGA